CCGGAAGUGUGGUCGCCAUAUUGCCCUCGCACGAGAGGGGUCCGCGGUGGUAGCUGCAGGGGGAGGAAGGGGGACCGAGAGGAGAACGUUUCAGUGGAGAAUCGGUUACACGGACAGUUAUGUCAUUGUGAGCCUUCAUCGCGCCGCUUUGUGGAGGUUUCCCCCUCCUGCUUUAUAUUGCAGUACUGACUGCUGAUUAAGCUUUAAUAAGAUUCAACUCCGCUAACCAUGGAUCAGGAUUAUGAGCGACGACUUCUACGACAAAUUAAUGUUCAGAAUGAAAACAAAGUCCCUUGUAUGUCAGAAGUUAGAAGAACAUUAACACCUUCAAAUUCACCAGUGUCAUCUCCAAGUAAAAGUGGAGACCGGUUUAUCCCUUCAAGAGCAGCAGCAAACUGGAGUAUAAACUUCCACAGAAUUAAUGAGAAUGAAAAGUCACCCAGUCAAAACAGAAAAGCAAAAGAUGCAACCUCUGACAGUGGCAAAGAUGGGCUUGCUUAUUCUGCAUUACUUAAAAAUGAGCUUCUUGGGGCAGGAAUUGAAAAAGUUCAAGAUCCUCAAACUGAAGACAGAAGAUUACAGCCUUCAACGCCUGAAAAGAAAAGUUUAUUCAAGUACUCGCUCAGCACUAAACGGGCAAGUCCUGAUGAUGGAAAUGACAUUUCGCCUUACUCCUUAUCUCCUGUUAGUAAUAAAAGCCAAAAAUUGUUGCGGUCACCAAGAAAGCCAACUAGGAAAAUCUCAAAGAUUCCAUUUAAAGUUCUUGAUGCACCAGAACUUCAGGAUGACUUUUAUUUAAACUUAGUGGACUGGUCUUCUCUAAACGUAUUAAGUGUUGGACUUGGCACUUGUGUCUAUCUUUGGAGUGCUUGUACUAGCCAGGUGAUCAGAUUGUGUGACCUUUCUAUUGAUGGAGAUUCUGUUACAUCAGUUGGCUGGUCAGAGAGAGGAAACCUGGUAGCUGUUGGAACACACAAAGGAUAUGUUCAGAUCUGGGAUACAGCUGCAGGGAAAAAAAUAUCUACACUUGAAGGACACUCUGCUAGAGUAGGGGCCCUUGCAUGGAAUGCUGAUCAGUUGUCAUCAGGAAGUAGGGACCGUCUUAUUCUCCAGAGAGAUAUCCGUACUCCACCCUUGCAAUCAGAGCGCCGACUUCAGGGUCACAGGCAGGAAGUUUGUGGUUUGAAAUGGUCGACAGAUCACCAGCUUCUCGCAUCUGGAGGAAAUGAUAACAAGCUACUGGUGUGGAACAAUUCCAGUUCAGGCCCAGUACAGCAGUAUACAGAGCAUCUUGCAGCAGUGAAAGCUAUUGCCUGGUCACCCCAUCAGCAUGGCCUCCUUGCAUCAGGUGGUGGAACUGCUGACCGGUGCAUCCGUUUCUGGAAUACUCUUACCUCUCAGCCUUUGCAGUGCAUUGAUACAGGCUCUCAGGUGUGCAACCUUGCUUGGUCCAAGCAUGCAAAUGAGCUAGUGAGUACUCAUGGUUAUUCACAAAAUCAGAUCUUGGUGUGGAAGUAUCCAUCAUUAACACAAGUAGCCAAGCUGACAGGACAUUCAUACAGAGUGCUAUACCUGGCAAUGUCACCAGAUGGGGAAGCCAUUGUAACUGGAGCUGGAGACGAAACACUCCGAUUCUGGAAUGUGUUUAGUAAAACUCGUUCAACUAAGGAAUCCAUAUCUGUGCUGAAUCUCUUCACAAGAAUACGAUGAAGAUUGAGAAAUUAGUGUGUUAAAUAGGGAAAAUGCUAACUGUCCCAUAAAUAUACAAGAAACUUUCAUCAUGCUGGUACUGAUUUUUUUUUAUUUGAAUGGAUAUUAGAAAGAUUUUGCUGCUCGUUCCAAACAGGUUGAAUUUUUAAAAUAUGUUUUCAAUUAUGUUUGUUUACAAAGAACUGUUUGAAAAGACUGCCAAAGGUUUUGAAUUAAGGUCCAGUUUAGUGCUGAUAUUCUAAUUUUCUUGUACAGUUUAUAUAAAAUGCCAGCCACAGCUUUCAGAUGAAAUGAAAUGCCAAGCUAUGAAAUGCACAGUGCUACCUGUAAAUAUUUUUCUGUUGGUAUUGAAAAAUGUAUAUUGAAUAUAAAAUUCUGUAGAAAUGCAGUGAGAAUGCUAAACAAGACUUGAUUAUCAAGACGAGCAUAAUAUCUAAAAGAAACCUUUACUUAAUAGGCUAUCCUGUGUGCCUAUAUAUGUAUAUUUUGUAACUGUAUCACAAGGAUUUUCAAAUUUGUUAAGCAGGAAGCUUACUUCCCUUAAGUAUUUUGUUAAGAUAACUGGCUUUAAUGGGUUAACAUCAUGUUGAACUGCACAAAUCAUUAUAUUAAUUAAAAUUAUGAUUGGCUAAUAUUCUUAAUACUAAACAUAAAUAUCUAAUGAAGCGUGAACUUCAAUUGUAUCGGAGAGUUUAAAAGGUCUUGCUGCUUAUAAUGUUGAAAUACUUUUCUCUCAAAGUGUACAAAUAUGGAUAACAAAGCACUUGAAUUUUUAACCAUUUAGUGGCAAUUAUUACUCAGACUAUAAUUUUUGUACUUUUUUUAUACCAUCUGUGAUUUUCAGUUGAGCUGUAAAACUACUUUCCAUUUUCUGUAACAGUGAGUGAAGUUGUUUGUUUGUAUUUGUGGAUGAAUAUUCUGAUGGUCAAUUGAAGUGAGUAAAGUUGCUAAAAUGGUAAAAGUGAUGUUGCACAAUG